GGUGUCGUGUGCACUUUGUUAGCAUUACUCAAGAAACUAUGAGUUUUAAAACUAUAUUUAAUUUUUUAAAUGUAAUGUUUGCGUUUCUACAGCUGGUGGCAGUGUGUAUUACGGCUAAGUAUUACACAUCGGUCUAAGGAACAACAGAAGAAGAAGACACACAAACAUGGCUGCGUACAUGAGAGGCGUGAUUUACCUUCUUUCCUUAGAAAGAAACUCUUUAUUGUCAAGGAGAGGAAGUUUCAUGCUGGAACCAAAAAGGUAUGUACGCGGUCUGAGAAGGAAACCUGUGAAAGUCUUGUUUCCAGAAGAUGAGGCGUCUAAAAUCCCAAAGCAGCCAAUGCCUGAGCCCGUAAAGCCGAAUGUCAAAAGGGAGAAGAAGGCCAUAGUUACAUCUGCAGCAAAGCAUCCUGAAGAAAGUGUUGUUUUUAAGGCGAGGAGCAGUGCGCAGGAAGCUACAAAGCCUGUUCACCUGACGUUUACCAAAGAUGAAAUUGAUGGAAUCCGUUUCGAGAGGGCUUAUCCUGGAGACAAGAGACUGGCGAGGUUAGCGAGUGUCGCUCGUUCCAGGACGUUUAGGGAGCACCAGGGUAAAAUCCUCUUGGAGGGCAGACGUUUGAUCUGUGAUGCCCUCGAUGCUGGUGCCAACCCACAGAUGGUGUUCUUCAGUACCGUGGAACGGCUCAGAGAGCUCCCUGUGGCCAAGCUGAAACGGGCCACUCUAGUUAAAGUCAAGUUUGAGGACAUUAAGAUUUGGUCUGAUCUCGUGACUCCUCAAGGAGUAAUUGCUAUAUUUUCCCGGCCGGACCCAUCACGGUUAAAUUUCACAAAUCGAGGUCAUUCAGUGCCUUUGUCCCUGAUAUGUGACAACAUUCGUGAUCCUGGUAACCUUGGGACGAUACUGCGAUGUGCUGCCGCAGCUGGGUGCCAUAAUGUCCUUCUCACAAAAGGUUGUGUUGAUGUCUGGGAGCCCAAGGUACUGCGUGCUGCAAUGGGCGCUCAUUUCCAUCUUCCCAUCUAUCCUAGCCUGGAUUGGUCAGAUAUUGAACAUCACCUCCCGAAAUCUGUGACUGUCCAUGUGGCUGACAGCAGCUGUGGCACUAGUAGAAGGGAGGAAACCACAGAUUCACAUAUAAAUAUUUCAGAUAAACCUUCCAAAGCAGGAGACUAUGGCUGGGUCAGCGCAAGUAAGAAGAACAAACAGUAUGAGGACUAUGACUCGGAUUCAGACUGUGAAGAUGAGGGGGUUUCUCUUCCCAGAGUCGACACCAAGCUGUACUAUGAGAGCUGGGCUCAAAGUCCAACUGCCCUCGUGGUUGGUGGGGAAACACAUGGUCUGAGUCUAGAAGCAGUUGAGCUGGCAGAGAAAACUGAUGGCCAGAGACUCUUUAUUCCUGUGGUUCCUGAUGUGGACAGUUUGAAUUCAGCCAUGGCAGCAAGUAUUCUUCUAUUUGAGGGCAGAAAACAACUGUUGAAAGUAAUGCAGUCUAUGAAAAACCUAAAAUCUAAAGCUAGUGGACAGUUUUCAUGAUGCUCCCUUUAAAUGUCUCUGUAAAUAUCACUAUUGCUGUUGACCUGACAAAAUAACACAAUUUCAACUGUAUUAAAUUAAACCACAGAAGAUGGAUCUGGGA